AUGGAAGAGAACUAUCUUAAUACAUCUGAAAUGUUAGAUAUUCAAAUUAGUUGCAUAAAUCUUCCAAUGGAAUCAUACUCAGGAUGUAAAAUAGUAGGAUUUAUUGGAACAUCUAACGAUUUUAGAAAAUUUUAUGAUACAGACGUAUUUUUUAAUAAUAUUAAUCCUGUAUUUAAUCAUAAAAGUUCAAUUAUAUAUCAUUUUGAAGGAAGACAAAAGUUGCAAUUUUUUAUAUACUCAGCUAAUCCUGUCACAAAAGAAGAAAAUUUUUUAAUUGGAAAAGCAAUAUUUAAUUUACAUGAUUUACUUUUAUUAGGUGGUGUCGGAACAGCAAAAAUUGAUAGAGAUCCAACAAAAAUUGAUCAGAAACAAGCUACAAGUCAAAUUUGUGUACGUAUUCAUAAAUCAAAAAAAGAAUUGGCAACAUUAAUAAAAUUUAAGGCAUCUGGUUUAUCAUCACAAAAUUCUUAUCCAUUAAAUCCAUAUUUUACAGUGCAAAUAUUUGAUAAAGAAGAACCAACAAAUAUUAUUUUACUUCAUAAAAGUGAAAUUAUACGUGGUUCACAAAGUCCAAAUUGGAAAUCUUUUAUAACAUUAACAAAAUAUCUUAAUCUUUAUAAAGAAUCUAUGAUAAAAAUUAAUGUUUUUAAUUAUAAUCCUAAUACAAUGGAUAGUCUUAUUGGAUCAUUUAAUACCACAUUUUUUCAACUUGUUCAAGGGCAAGCUUUAAAAUUUUCGUUAAACAGUAUAACAGGUGCCAAGUUAAAUGAUAUGACUAUAGAUGUUAUUGAAUUCAAACCAUAUGAAAUGACAUCAUUUAGUGAUUUAAUACUAAAAGAUAAAUUAAGAAUUCAUUGUACAAUUGGUAUUGAUUUUACAGCAUUUAAUGGACCAAUAGAAGAUCCAUAUAGUUGUCAUCAUUUCCAAGAUGGUGAAAGAAAUGAUUAUCAAAAAAUAUUACAAAAUAUUUUUGAAGAUUUGUCAAAUUGUGAUCUGAGUAGAAAAGUUUGUGUUUUUGGUUUUGGUGGUAGAAAUAAAAAAAGUCAAUUAACAUCACAUUUAAUGCCUCUUGAAUGUGAGAAAAAUAAAAAACCAUAUUUUGUAACAAUUGAUUCAUUAUUAAACACUUAUGAAAAAUUUUUAAAUGAAAAUGUUUUAUCAACACCAUGUGAUUUUUCUGAUAUUAUUCAUCAAGUUAAAGGAAUGGCUAAAGCGUCGAAAAAAAAUUGUAAAAAUGAAAAUAUUUAUUUUCUACUUAUUAUUUUAACUCGUGGUUGUGUAAAGAACAAUAAAAAAAUAAUAGAUGCUAUUGUUGGAUGUUCAAUAUUACCUUUAUCAAUAGUUGUUAUACCUGUUGGGAAUAUUAAAUAUUCUCUUUCAAAUAUUUAUGAAGCAGAAUUUAAUAAUAUUUUCUUGCCACAAAUAAAAGAUUCUGAUAAUAAUCCUUUAUUAAGAGAAGUUAUAACAAUCGUUAAUUCUUCAAUAAUAAAUAAUUGUCAAUUAUCACAAUAUAUAUUGCAACAUAUUCCAAGGCAUGUAGAAAGUUGGUCAAAUAAUUUUUCCUCAAAUCAGUAA